GCUUAGCUUUUAGUUGCAGUUACGUUGAUGAUACGCACACAGAAAGUUCUCUGAAUUUCUAAAUUAAAAGCACUUGGUAGAAACAGUCGAAGCGCAUGAUAGAAAUGAAUAGUUGAUUACAUAUUUGAUAAGUAUAUUGUACAACGUUAUUUUCACGUUCAUUUAAACAAUCAGCCAAAAUGUCAGACUUUCGGGACUGGAUAAAUUCAUUGCCCAUAUUUACGAGGUAUUGGUUACUCUCGACUAUUGGUCUAUCACUUGUUGGAAGGUUUGGACUUAUUUCUCCGGAAUGGUUGAUUUUACACUAUGACAGUCUAAUUCAUAAAUUUGAAAUUUGGAGAACCAUAACGAGUUUGCUGUGGUACCCAUUGAAUCAAGGCACUGGGUUUCAUUUCAUGAUAAACUGCUUCUUUCUUUAUCGAUAUUCACUGAAACUUGAACAAGAAGAAUUUAUUGGACGUCCUGCUGAUUAUUUUUUCAUGCUUAUCUUUAACUGGAUGUGUUGCGUUGUGAUUGGCUUAAUUUUAAAUGUUCCUUUACUGAUGGAUCCAAUGGUCAUCAGUGUUUUGUAUAUUUGGUGUCAACUUAAUCAGGAUGUCAUCGUCAGCUUUUGGUUUGGCACGAAAUUCAAAGCAAUGUACUUACCUUGGGUCUUAUGUGCAUUCAACUUGAUACUGUCUGGAAAUGGCGUAUUAGAGCUCAUAGGAAUUUUAGUAGGAAACCUCUACUUCUUUUUGAAGUUCAAAUACCCCCAGGAGUACGAUGGUCCUGAACUCCUAAGAACACCAAAAAUUUUAGAAUACUAUUUCCCGGUACAGAGGACAAAUAUAGGGGGAUUCUCUCGUACAAAUGUAGAAAGUCGAACUCAACCACAAUUCGGUUCGAAUAUAUUCGGUGGUCAUAAUUGGGGUCGAGGUCAGGUGUUGGGUCAGUAAUUGAAAAUUGUGAAUAAUUGUAAUCAAUGAAAAUUUUCUAUGUUUAUAUGAUAUUUUACGUAUCAAAUUUUAUUCCAUGAUAAAGUUUCAUAGUAUUUUGUAACUUCUAUCGUUAAAAAGUAUGUUGAAAAAGGAUUUUUUCUGUUUUGCUGUAUCUCUUCUCAAUAAAUUAUUAUUCAUUAUUGUUAAACAUAAAAAAAUAAUAAAAUAGAAUACAACUAAAUGGAAAAAUGGAAAAUUACUAAAUCGAACGAUCGGUUGUGCAUUUUUAAAUACUUUUCAGAUAUAUAAUUUAUCCUUUUUGAACCUGGAUUAGAUUUUCAUACUUUUUUUUAUAAGAAUGAUUACUACUAUAAAUGUUUUUAUUGUCCAGGUUUCAUAUUGUUAACUCUGAUUAACAACUCUGAUUGAAUCCGAUUGAAAAAUUCUAAUCGGAAAGUUCUUCGAAAAAAAAUUCAUUAUUUUCUGAUUCAAUCUGAUUGAAAUUUAAUUGAAAUUAAUCGGAGUUUUUAAUCAGGGAAUGUAUCUACAGACCCCUGGUGUGUCUAGUCAUCAAUUAAUAUGACUGUUAUUUAAUUUCGCGAUCUUAAAUGUUCUCGCUCAUCGCGAAUCUCAUUUGCAAAUGAUUAACUGAGUAUAAGUUACUGGAUAUUACGUAUAAAUAUUAACAAUAAUAGUUAAGUGUACGUAACAUUAUUUUCAGUUAUAAGUAACAUUUAUUUAUUAUACAUUUCUUUUUUCAUUUGGUUAUAGAGUAUGCAUUUUUUCAUACGUUUAUUUCUUGUUAAAUUAGAACAAGGGCAUAUUCAUAAUUUUGACGCAUGUGUUGUUUAAAAUUUAGGUAUUGGGUGACAAGAAACGUUUCAAGAUCACACGAUCUGUAUUUAUAUUUCUCUGAAUAUAAUAUUAUUAUUCAUUUAUCUGUUAAUUUCGACUAUCAUUUCGUUUUUUGAAUGUAAAUAAAUUGAUAAGAAUGGA